UAAAUUCAGCCUGAAUGGAAGAUAUAUUUUUUCUUAACGUUGAGUUGGAAGAAUAGUUGUCUUUUGUCCUUCUUCUUUGCAAAUUAUUAUUGUUAGCAAAAAGAGUGAAGAUCCUGUGUUUGAAGUUUUGCUUUCAUGUGUGUAUGGUUGGCCUCUACCUGCACUGCAUGUUUUGUCCGGUUGCAAAUUUAGGACCUUGAUAGUCCACCGAUAAAACCCAAUUCGAGCCUUUAAUUCUGGAUAGAUACUGGUUUUUACUAGUGGUUAUUUAUUUAUUAUCAUUGCAACUGGUUUUUAACUGGGAAUGACAAGCUGAGAUUGAUUUCAUAUAACAAUGGUUAUAACUUUUUGUGGUCUGACUUGCUUUCAUCAGAUUUCGUCACAUAUGCCUUUCUUUAAUGCUAGCAUAGAAGUAGAAGAACUACAUGGCCGUGGUUCCGAUAUGCUACAAAAUUCCCUGUAGAGGCCAAACACAACCAAUUCAAAAUGUAAUGAGAGAGAGUGACAGAGGCUUUACAUGUGACUAUAUCGCCAUUGUUGAUGGUCCUAGGUGUUUUUCCUCGGUAUCUAGUGACAUUUGCAGGAAAUGGCAUUCAUUAUGUCCUAAUAUUGAUGUCUUGAUAAAAACAAAGACAAGAGGCAAUGCACCUAGAGGACCACUUCAUUAUGGAGGUUCUUCGCUGUUUAAAAACAUGAACGAAGUAACUGCCUUGCAGACGAGAUGUAAGGCACAACACCAUCUGAGAUCAAAAAUAUCAGGAGAUGAUUCACACAACAGGAUGUGGUAUGCCUUGGAUUCUAGUACCAGCGAGAAGCAGCUUAGAUCAUUAGGUUCUUAUUUUGGAAAACUCCAAGAUGGCACAAAUUCAGUUUCUUCAAAUUCUUCAAAUAAGACAGAAGAGCUACUUAGUAGAAGUAGUCAAUCUAGAUUAAAGAAGGAGUUGGAAACACUCGAAGCAUAUCUUGACAAACUCAAUAAAGUUUCAGAUGCAAACUCUAAAAAACAUGUAUCAUCUUCUCUUGCUGAGCAUACCAUGAAAGCCAGUCCAGCGGCAAAACCAUUAUCUGAAAGUGAAGAUUCUGAAAGAGGUGAUGAGCAGAAAAUGAAUAGUUACAUGAGCCAAAGAAGUAGGACUAGGAAUGUGUAUCAAAGUUCUAGCAGCUUUCAGGGGCAACAACAGUAUGAUGAGACUUCUGAUCUCUACUUAAUAUGUGUAUUGGGUUCUAUAAACAUAGCAGUUUUUCUUUUUGAAAUAGCUAGUCCAGUUAGGACCUCUGAGUUAGAGCUCUUUUCUCUUCCAUUAUUAUAUGGAGCAAAGAUUAAUCAUUUAAUCACAGUUGGAGAAUGGUGGAGGCUUGUAACACCCAUGUUUCUGCACUCUGGAAUUUUUCACAUAGGUGUUGGUUGUUGGGCACUUCUUACAUUUGGGCCUAAAGUUAGCAAAAUCUAUGGUUCGUUUACAUGUGUCUUGAUAUAUGUCCUUGGUGGAAUCUCUGGCAACUUGAUUAGCUUUCUCCAUACACCAGAGCCAACCGUUGGUGGGACGGGACCAAUAUAUGCCAUAAUUGGAGCUUGGCUUGUUUAUCAAAUCCAAAACAAAGAUGUAAUAGCAAAAGAUGUUUCAGAUAGUAUGCUCCAAAAGGCAGUAAUCACUACAGCUCUUGGCUGCAUGUUAAGCAACUUUGGUCUAGUUGACAACUGGACACAUUUUGGUGCAGCUUUUACAGGCAUGGCAUAUGCCUAUUUCACAUGCCCGACAAUCCAACUGGGCGAUGCAUCUUCAAGAACAGGUCAAGAAGAAGGAAUUUCACUUGUCAAAAGAUCUGUAGACCCUUGCAAAUCCCUUUUCUUCUUUAGCAUCUUCAUUCUUGUUUUAAGCUCUUUAGUUUUCUUUGUGGAACCUCCUUUGAACGAUCUGGCAUACAUCAACUUUUGUAUAGGCCUGUAUUUAAAAGUGUGAGUUUAUAUUUUGUGUGUGUAUAUAUAUAUAUGUAGAAAUAUGUGUAUAUAUAUAUAUAUAUGUAAUAAGGUCUUUUGAUGAUC